AUGUCGUUGCGAUCGCUUCCGGCAGCUCCAGCAGACAAUCAUGCUUUUGUGGUGCAGGUCGCUGUUGGAAAGGCGCACUCAAUGCUCCUGACAGACGAGGGUGUCAUCUACAGCUGGGGUACGAACAAUGAGUAUGGCCAGCUGGGUCGAGCCUGCCACAACCAGGAUAAAAUGCUGAAGCCGGCUCCCAUCAUUGGCGGCAUCAAGCAGGAAAUCAUCGUCCAGAUAGCGUGUGGCCUGAACCACUGUGUCGCGCUUUCCCAAAGAGGAGCGCUCUUUGCUUGGGGCAACAACAAGGCCGGUCAGCUGGGAGUCGACGGGUUCAGUGCAGCAGUGCCUGAAAGCGAGCUCGCGGUCACAGCUCCGACGCCAGUCAAGCACUUUGAGGGUCAGGAGGCCUCUCUGUGUGCACGCAGUUGCAGCUGUGGUCCCGAGAGCUCCGCCUGCGUCACUGUGCGUGGCGAGGUGUACGUUUGGGGUGCCAUCAGCUACUACAUGCUGGGAGCACAGAAGAGAUACGACAAAGCGGAAAAUUGUACGGUCCCGGUGUGUAUCAAGAGCCUCCCGCGAGAAGCCUACGCAGAGGAUGCAGGUCCUGAUCAGGUGUCAGUGUACAAGGAUGUGCUUGCUUGCAGUGUUGCGAAACUUAACAUCGAAGACGACAUGGCAAACCUGAUAACGUCAUUGAAAAGUCGGUCUUCUCAAUUGGUCUCCGUGCGCCGCAUGAAGAGGCAGGGGUCGGUGUUGGCUCACAUGCAGACGAUGGCGAGUGACCAGAACUCCUUGUCACCCAGUCGCAGUGCCUGUGUGUGUAGCUAUUCUACUGCAGACAGCUCUACGCUGCUCACAUACUGA